GGCCUGCGCUCCCCGAUCCCCCGCUGCCCUGCGCUUCCCCGUCCUCAGCGCGCCGAGCCCUGCCUGUGGGGCCCCCGGUCCGGGCCCUCCUCGGCGCUGAACGGUCAUGGGCUCUUCCAGGCCAUCGCGUGCUUGAUGGACAUGAACGCGCUGCUGGACCGAUUCCACAACUACAUCCUCCCGCACCUACGGGGCGAGGACCGCGUCUGCCACUGCAACUGUGGCCGGCACCACGUCCACUACGUGAUCCCGUACGACGGGGACCAGUCUGUGGUGGACGCCUCCGAGAACUACUUCGUGACAGACAACGUCACCAAGCAGGAGAUCGACCUCAUGCUGGGGCUGCUGCUCGGCUUCUGCAUCAGCUGUUCUGCUGGAGGAGAGCGCGGCCGGGAGUGGGGCAUGGCCGGGAUGGGGGCCGGACCCGGGCGCGCCCACGUCUGCACACGGGAGCACGUGCAUGGGACGUGUGCGUCCGCGGGCCGCAGUGGGGGGCACGGGAUACGGGUCUAG